AUGCCUGAAACAAUGCGCGCAGUGCAGAUCCUCGGAGACAAAUCGUCGCCCCAGAUUAGCUUCUCUAGCACCUUCCCUGUGCCGUCUGCCACCAGCGGCGAGGUGCUGAUCCGGGUAUCCGCCGCCGGCAUCACCGCCGAUGAAGUCUCGUGGCCAGAGGUGUACGAAUCCAACCGCAUCCCCGGGCACGAUAUUGCCGGCACCGUAGCUGCUCUCGGGCCAGCCUACAAGGGCAGCGUCAAGCCCGGCGACGAGGUCUUUGCCAUGAUCAAGGCGGCGACGAAAGCUGGCGGCCAGGCCGACUAUGUGCCCGUCUCGGGAACCGAAGUGGCGCUGAAGCCGGCGCGCAUCUCCAUGGGCGAGGCCGCGGCGCUGCCGAUCCCGGUUCUGACAGCAUGGGAGGCGCUGUAUGAGCAUGCAAAGAUUGAAAAGGGAAACAAGCUCUUGAUUACUGGCGCUUCGGGGGCCGUAGGCGCCAUGCUUGUGCAAAUUGCGAGCAAGCUGCUCGGUGCCGAGGUGGUUGCGCUCGCGUCGCCCAAGAGUCAUGCGCACCUGCAGAAUCUAGGCGCAAGCAGCUGCGUGGACUACAAUGCAGCAGACUGGGAGACGUCUGUGGGUAGCGUCGACGCAGUCUUUGACACGGUCGGCAGUGAGGUCUAUCGCAGGAGUUGGCACAGCCUGCGACAGGGCGGGACCAUGGUGACGGUCGCGGAUCCGCCCCCGGCGUGGGCAUUCAAUGGCGGAAAGCCAGAGGAAGUAAAGGAGAAUCCAGAUGCCAAAUUUGUGUACUUUAUUGUGACGGCGAACGGGGAGAACUUGGGCAAGACGGCAACGCUUUUUGACAGCGGAUUGCUCAAGACGCUCCCCGUGGUGGAAUUCAAGGCGGAACAGGCGCUGGAGGCGUGGAAGUAUGCUGGGCAGCGUGGCAAGGCCGGAAAGGCUGUCAUCCAGUUUUCUUGA